GCGCACCUCUCGCCCGCGCUCUCUCGCCGGAGUGGGAGUUGUCCUGGCGCUUGCGACCACCGCUAUCAUCUUCGGGAAAUACCUGCAGGAACGCCCAUUAGCACACCUUCGCCGCAUCGGACACGCAAACGAACGAGUGCCUAAUCGACUGACGGCGCAUUUCGACGCCGGAUUACUCCAUGGUGGGUUUCGGCAAAGCGCGUUUCCACUGGCUCCACUGAGUGGCGGCGACGGCGUCUUUUGUCCCUUCUCUGCAAUACGAUCCCUGCUGCACGCGGCGUGCGACUAGUUCGAAGGAUAAACUGAUCAAUCAUGGGCAACAUACAGACUGUUGGCCCCAACGAGGCCCUCAUAGUGUCCGGUGGAUGCUGUGGGAAUGCUGGCAAAAAGAUGGUCGUUGGUGGUUGGGCUUGGGCAUGGUGGCUGGUCACAGAUGUACAAAGGUUGUCGCUAGAAGUGAUGACACUGACGCCCCGUUGUGAGCAUGUGGAGACGUCGCAAGGUGUGCCAUUGACUGUGACCGGAGUGGCACAGUGUAAGGUGAUGACGGAGAAGGAGUUCCUGUCAACAGCGGCCGAGCAGUUUCUAGGCAAGGACGUUGACCACAUCAAGGGAGUUAUCCUGCAGACCCUCGAAGGACAUCUGCGUGCAAUCUUGGGUACACUCACAGUGGAAGAGGUGUACCGGGACAGAGACCAAUUCGCCUCACUUGUUCGGGAGGUUGCUGCGCCAGACAUUGGCCGCAUGGGCAUCGAGAUUCUCAGCUUCACCAUCAAGGAUGUCUUUGACCGGGUCGAGUACCUCACCUCGCUGGGACGUGCCCGCACUGCAGCCGUCAAGCGAGACGCCGACAUUGGUGUGGCCCAGGCUGAGCGGGACGCUGGCAUUAGGGAGGCAGAAUGUGAAAAGUCGGCCAUGGAUGUCAAGUAUGGGGCCAACACCAAAAUUGAGGACUCAAACCGGAUGUACUCAUUGCAGAAGGCCAAUUUUGACGGUGAAGUCAAUGCACGGAAAGCGGAGGCACAGUUAGCAUACGAGCUCCAGGCAGCCAAGAUGAAGCAGAGGAUUCGUAACGAAGAAAUUGAGAUCGACGUUGUGGAGCGGCGCAAGCAGAUCACUGUGGAGGAGAAAGAGAUAUUGCGUCGAGAAAAGGAGCUCACUGCCACUGUCCGGUUGCCUGCCGAGGCUGAAGCCUAUCGUGUGGAAAUGAUAGCCCAAGGAAAGAGAACGCAGACAGUGGAUGUGGCCCGUGCCGAGGCAGAACGGAUCAAGAUGAUUGGUGCCGCGGAAGGGUACGCCAUUGAAGCCGUGGGAAAGGCUGAUGCCGAGCGGAUGCGUACGAAGGCUGUUGCGUACAAGCAGUUCGGAGAUGCUGCCAUCCUCAGUCUUGUGCUGGACACCUUACCAAAGAUUGCAGCAGAAGUGUCAGCACCACUGGCGAAGACUGAAGAGAUCGUGAUGACCAGUGGAGAAGACCGCACCACUGCCGAGGUGACCAAGCUGGUCAGCCAGAUACCUCCCACCGUCCAAGCCCUGACGGGCGUAGACCUCACCAAGAUGAUGUCGAAGAUACCUGGAAUGGCGAAAUAACCUCUCGGGGUGCAAGAAGAGGCAAGAAAGGAACAAAGGGUGCCGGAACACAACGGAAGUUUGGGGGUUCCCUACUGUAGCAUCAUCUGUCGCAGUGCAUCUGUGUGUGUGCAUGUGUGUAUGUGUGUGUGUGCACACGUGUGCUUGCAGUGUUGCUUCAUUAGCUUUGCCCCCUCUUUGAGGGUGACCCAGCUAGUCAGGCUCCCCCCCCCCCCCUACCACGGUCAGAUGACGCUUACUAUAAAUCAGAGGGAGCCAAGGCAGGGGGAAGGCUAGGUACGCAUAAUAUACACUUCUAUUUUGGACAGUAAAAAUGGAGAGUGCAAAGAAAGAAAAAUGACAUGCUGCACUCCCUGCAGGCAAUUUGCCUGAAGCUGCAGCAAACCAGAGAAAAAAAACCGUCUAGUGCCUCCGAACUUUUUGAUUGGAAGAAAUCUUUGCCCAAUCUUGUGCGUGGCUGCAGCAUGUGCACAUAAUGUGUCCAAGCAGAUGCGGAAUGUAAUUGAAGUCAGUGUUUCGUUUUGUUCUCUAUUUUGAAGCUUUUCAUUAUCACGUUUUUUUUUUUUUCACUUCUGUCAUUUCCUUUCGAAAAUGGCAUUCUCGGCUCUUUGUUUCAGGAUGUUCUCAGCUUUUAAUCUUCGUUGUAGUAACUCUACUGUGCGGUUGUACAUGUUUAUUGGAGAACAGCCACAAGCUGUCUAUGCAAGCCUGCGCAAUAUUCUUUUCAAUAAGUUGUGCGUUGAAGAAAGGGUCACGUUUAUGUUUUAGCACUUCGUGUGGCACUGUUGAUGUCUGACGUGCAGUGUUCAUGCAACAUAGCCACGGUUUAGUCAUUGAGAAGUGUUGCAUCUUCCGAUGUUCAGUCAGGCCAAUAAUUUGCUUUGGUAUGUGCUCGUGUGUAAAACGAAGCGGCAAAUUGACUCUGUGCCAUGUACUGCAGCGACGUACAUCCUUGUAGCGCUAGACUUUUCUUUCGUAGCUGUGUCGUCUACGAACUGUAUGCAAUCAUCAGAACGCAGAUUUUCCUUUCAAGGUAAUGAUGCAAGGUUGUUGUGGCAACUUUGACGCUAAUGUUAGUCGAGACAGACAAUGAGCAUGUUCAUCGAAAGCAUACAGCCAUUAUUCCAAUACAGGCAGUUGAGAUACCACACCAGCCAAUCUAAACUUACGAAGGUCACGUUGCUUGGACUCGUUAGCGACAAGCUGUAUUUUUUAAGGUAAGUGUUGGUAAUUCGUCUAUGUAAAACGAUUGCCCGCUCCGAACCUUUUACUUGAGUGCAGGAAGUGUGUGCGGGUAACAUGUGAGCAAUUUUAGUUAGUUCUUUCUUUAUUGCAAAGUUGCCUAGCAACUAAAAUGCAGUACUCUCGAGAGCAGCACCAUGUCAAGGGUCAUUUGUUAUUGCUAACGAGAGCAUUGUCCCUGCUUUUAUUGGCAAUGGCAACUCUUUUUAAGCCAUGAAGACAGUUGUCACAACAAAGUCAAAGCUUUUAAUCCUAGCUUUGCAUCAUUCUUUUGAAAUCAGUAUAUAUGUAGAUAUGAUCUGUGUUCUUAUUUGUAUCUCAAAAUGUGUGCUCUCGUUUUAGAAAUCUCUCAUCACUAUUGCUUUUGGAAAGCAGUUCAGUGAUCAACUUUUGCAAGUUUGUGUUCUUCAUUACUGAAGUUGUGGGCAUCUUUUCGUGACAUUUAAAGCACUGUAUAGAUAGCUAGCUAGCUGUGCUGUUUUUUUGCACAUUCUUUACAUGUUUUACAGUAAGCAGUGCUUUUGUUUCAUUUUGUACAACGACUCUAGAAGCAUCUUUCUUGUGUUCAGCUGUGAACAGUAUUGUUUUCUAUUAAUGCUGUCACACUUCCGUGUUUUUGCUUUGGUAUGUUGACCUUGUUCCUGGUGACAUCAUUUAGGAGAAAUGUCCUAUUUACACAACUUAUUUUUGUUGCUUUUCUUUUUUACCUCAGCAGUUCAAAGUGUUCGUACUUGUACUCGUUUGUUUUUGCAUUCUUUCUGAGCAUUUUAUUCAUUGCCAGGGACAGCAGGAAACGUAAUAAAAGUUCUAUGAACACAAAA